CAUGGCAGGGACUCACUGCACAGAACUAGUUAGCUCAUGAGGUGUAAAAACUGUCAGGUUUUGUCUGUUUAUUAAGGGAUUUAACACAGUUUGCCUCUGAAGGAAGGCCUGUUAAUCAACAUAUUAAAACUUUCUCUGCGUCUGCUCGUGUUUUAAUGUCCAACCUUUAUAUAAAAGAUGUCGAAAAAGAUGUUUAGCUAACGUUAGCUGAUAGUGCUAACGCUUUAGCUAGGUAAGUUAGCAAACAAGUAAACAUGGGGAACUAGCGAACCUAACACGCGUGUACAGAUAGACGCGAAUGAAAGAAAACGUAGUGUGAGGAUCCGAGCUACUAGCAGACAUGAAGAAGUGGAACUGGCGAGAAGGGCAGCGACCCUACCGGCGAAGAGGUGGUGGUCAACGGCACAGCUGGUACCGAGGCAACCGGCAGAGAUCAAGACAGGACGACCAGUGGUCUGGACAUUAUGAUGACGGUCCAUCAUUCAGAGCACCUCAGAGGAGUCAUGACAACCAGUCUGCCUCUCCCUCUACCUCCUCAUCUUCCUCUCCGUCUUCCUCCUCAUCCUCCUCGUCUUCCUCUAAGGCCAGCAGUGCUGCACCAGAGCUGCCUGGUUUCUACUUUGACCCAGAGAAAAAUCGUUACUUCCGCCUGCUGCCCGGACACAACAACUGUAACCCACUGACCCGAGAGCAGCUGCAGGAGAAAGAAAGAGAGAAACAGAGGAACAAGAUGCUCGCGGAGGAUGAAAAACUUAGAAAAAAAGCACCAAGAACAGGACUGAAUACUUCGCUACUGCUGCAGAGAAGACACCUUGGCCUGCUACCUGAGAACUCCUACUGCAGGCUGGUCCACGAGGUGAAGGUCGGCGGAAUGAGACGCCACAAAUUGGAGAUCCAGAGCACAGACAACAGCAACCCCAACACUGACAACUUCAGACUCAUAGUGGGGGACUCGGCGUGUGAGCGAGUGUUCACUGUCAACGACGUGUCGCACGGAGGCUGCAAGUACGGCAUCAUGAACUUCAGCAGCAGCAGUCGCGGAUCUCUGUCUGUGGAAAUGUGUGACAACCUCUACUUCACCAACCGAAAGGUCAAUUCCAUCUGCUGGGCCUCAGUCAACUACCCAGACUCCCAUGUGCUAUUGUGUCUGGUUGGAGUUGCAGACACGCCCGGCUGCGUCAGUUUACUUCCUGCCUCCCUCUUCAGCAACUCAAACCCAGACCAGCCCGGGAUGCUGUGUAGCUUUAAGAUAUCGUCAGCCUGGUCUUGUGCUUGGUGUCUCAACCCCCAGUUUGACAAGACCUUCAGCACUGGCUUGUCUCGCAGGGUGAUCGUGAAGGAUGCAGAAACGGGUCGAACACAGACGUACAGCACUGGCAGCGAUGUGUUGGCUCAGCAGUUUGCCCUCAGGGUCCCUGUGCUGUUUAACGGCUGCCGAUCAGGGGAGAUCUUCAGCAUGGACCUGCGUCAGCGCGGCCGCAGGGAUCAGAGCUGGAAGGCCAGCCGCUUCCAUCAAGAGUCAGCCAUCACCUCCGUACGCGUCCUGCAGGACGAGAACUACCUGCUGGCUGCCGACAUGCUGGGCCAGAUUAAGUUGUGGGAUGUUCGAGUGACAAAGCCAGUGCAGGAGUACAAAGGACACUACAAUGAACACGCCUACCUUCCCAUCCACGUCAAUGAGCCUGAGGGGCUUCUGUUGGCAGUCGGUCAGGAUUGCUACACAAGGUUAUGGAGCCUAAAAGAUGGCCAUCUCCUGAGGACUAUCCCAUCACCCCACCCGACCGCGAACGACCAGAUCCCGAGCGUCGUCUUCUCCUCCAAGCUGGGUGGCUGCAGAGGGCUCCCUGGCCUCCUCAUGGCCGUCAAACACGAUCUUUACUACUUCCCAUACAACACAGACUACCAGGAAGGAGGAGAGCAGCAGGCUGGAUUUUAGGAAAAAAACUGAAAGUGUUUCUGAAAACAAGGAAGCCAAAUGUGUAAAUGGAGUUACAUUUAUAUGCAAAAUCUACAGGUAUUUAUAUUUUAGAGGGCUUUGGCCUGAAUGCAGUUGAUUUCAAUAAGGUUGUGAACUUUUGGUCGGGAGGAGGAGUCAUAGUGAAGUCUCAGGGGAAUGUUGUUUUUGACGAUUUUUGAAGACUUUUUUGUGCCAAAAUGAAAUGGAAGUGCUACAUAUGAGUGCACACAAUUACUACAGUUAAAGGUCCAGUGUGUGGAAUUUAGUGGCAUCCAGCGAUGUGGUUGCAGAUUACAAUCAAUUACCCCUAAUCCCACCCUCCUCUACGAUGGCUGAGAAAAAUGCAAAGGCUGUGGAGCCACUGUUUUGUCCUUCCUGGGCAACUGUAGAAACAUGGUGGACUCACUUCCUCUGUAGGUAUAAAAGGCUCAUUGUAAAAUAUGAAAGUUAUAUUCCAUUUCUGCCAAUACAUCCUGCACACUGGACCUUUUACAGCGGUGCUUUGUGUAACCUUUACAAUAAAAAGUGCACUUAUGAUUCUUUGA